AUGUCUGCCUCGCGCCUGAUGAGCGCGGCCGUGCUCGGCACGUCGCGAACCACCCCGCGCGGCUCGUGCGGCCGCAUGGCCGGAGGAUUGACGUCAACCGCGGCGAGGCGGCGCGCACCCUCACGCGCACCCUCGAGGAAUCUUCUUCACGCCUCGGCAGGAACUUCCGUGGACUUCGACAGCGGGGCGACGAAGGCGAGCGGCGAGGGAUCCGACGAGGUCGAGACGUCGGCGCUCUCCAUCAUCGACAGCACCGACGACGUGUUUCAGGAAUUCUGCGACGCCCAGGUUGAGCUCGUCGGUCGCGCGCUCGGCCGCGGCGCCAGGUGCAUGCUCUACCUGCGCUCCGCGUCCGCGGACGGGGACGCGCUGCAGCUGGCGGAGGUGGCGUCGUUCCCUCGCUCGUCGAGAUCGUCCUCCGGGAACGACGGCGCGGGCCCCGCCGGCGCGUGGGAGGUGGGUGGCGCGCUGAGGGAGAGCGACGACUUCGGCGCCGCGGCGACCUCGUUCGUGGAGCUCGCGGGGAACGAGGCGUCGACGUCGGGCCGGGGGAGCUCGGGGAGCCCGAGGGGUUCGGGCACGGGGGGACCCGGGCAGGCCAUCACGCUGUCGGGCUCGAUCGACGACUCGGACGGGCAGAGCACGGCGGCCGAAGCGCUCCUGGUCAAGCAGCGCGUGUUCGCCCUCCCGUCCGCGAACGCGCUAGUCGUCCCGCUGUCGAGGGACGACACCCUGGUGGGACUGCUCGUGGGCGAGAUGCCCGAGGGGAGGGUCAGCUCGCGGGUGAGAAAGGAGCGCGUCAAGGCGGCGAGCGGAGGGGACGUGGAGGUUGAAGUGCUCAGCGCGGCAUCCGCGCACACCGGGGAAGGCGAGGAGAAGGAAAAGGAGGCGGCGGCCGACACCGCGGCGCAGUUCGGCGACAGGAGGCAGGCGGCGCUGACGGCGGCGGCCAAGUCGAUUGUCGCCGCGUGGACCAUGCACCGCCGCGCCAACUACGCCACGGCGGCGGCGGUGCAGCAGGACAGGCGCGUGGCGGGAUUCGCGUACGCGGCCAAGGAACCUCUCACGGUUCUGCGCACGCUGGGCGGCAUGCUCUCCUCCCACCUCAAGCCGGACACGCCGUCCAGGGACAUGGCGGAUGCCAUCGUGGCGCAGGGGGACGUCCUGGUGAGUUUGUCCGAGGCGCUCGAGUCCGCCCUGUACCCGCGCGACGUGAUCGAGGAGCUCACCGCGGGAGCCAUCGGGCCGGAGGGUGAACGCGCGUCCCAAGGACCUAGGAGCCUGCCCGCCGCCGCAGCCGCAGCGACGGCGACGCGUAGGCAGCUCCCUUCUCCUGACGCGGCGGCGCACGCAGAAGCUGAGGAAACUCUCGUCUCCCGGGGGGGUGCGCUGAAACUCGGCGCUCAUCAAGUCGACGGUAGCACGGCGACGUCGAAGGCGAUCGCGCUCGGGGAGACGCCCACGUGCGACCUGACACCCAUUGUGGCCGGCCUGCUGGCGUCCGGUGAGGUCAUCGCCGCACCGUCCGGCGUGACCAUGACGGCGACGUUCCCGCCGCCGCCGCUCCGAGCCGUCGCGGCGGUUGACCCGAGGGACGCGAGGGAGCUGCUCGCGCUGGUCAUAGACGCCGCGCUCGUCGCCGCGCCCAGGGGGGCCGAGGUUGACGUCGUGGUGAGCGCCAACGGUGGGUCGAGGGGGGGCGUGGCGAUCGCCGCGAGCGUCCGUUCGUCCCAGUCGGGGUCGGGGUUGGCCGCGACGACGGGAUCCCGUUCGGCGGUGGACGUCCCCGCGGGUGCGCUCGCAAAGGCGGCGGGGGGCGGCGGUGGCGGCCCUCUCGAGGCGGCGUCGUACGUCGGCGCGGGGACGAGCUCGGCGUCGCCUUCCGAGUGGGGGUCCCUCAAGGAAACGCAGAGCCUCAAGAUCGCGAGGUCGCUGGUGGAGGGCGCGGGGGGAAUAUUUCACGUCCUCCCGGCGCUUCCCCCGAUGGUUGGACGAAUCGAGCUCUGGCUGCCGGCCGCGGAGGCUGAACCGACGAGAAACGAAGCGGCCGAGGAAGAGGAGGAGGACGACGACGCCGUUGACGUGUGAAAAUAACACUGGGCAAAGAUGUAUGCAGCUACCCAAAACCUUCAAGAGGCCAAUCCUGGGAUGAGUGACAUGGAGGUGCAGAUGCGCGCGAUAACGAGUAUGUUGCAAUCCCAGUGAAGAACACGCCCGACGAACAACACGUGUACAAUUUGUUUUGCAGUCUACGUAAUAAGAAGGAUAAUACUGAAUUACAUU